CAUCCCUGUUUUGACUGCAAGCGGAUCUGAAUCGGUUCUUUGCUUCCUCCCUUUUCAUGGCGGACCGCGCAGUCGCAGACCCGUCGCAGAAUCCCUCCUCCCCUCCUCUGGCCACUGCGGCGGCGAGGCCAUCGAAGGGCGGCGACCGCGACUUUCUCCUCCACCUCGAAGUUUAUCUCGCCCGCCGCGACGGCGUCGACAAGCUCCUCAAGAUCUCCCGCUACGCCGCCAAGAUCGCCCUCGCCGCCCCCUCCUCCCCGCUCCCCCCGGCCCUCGCUCCCCGCCUCAAGUCAUUCGAAUCCAGCGUCGGUCUCAGCCGCAAGGCCUUCCGCCUCGGCAAGUUCGUCCAAGAUCUCAACGCCCUCCGUGCCGCCGCAGGUGGCGCUGCCCUCUCCCCCGCCGAUCGCGUCCUCGCCGCCGUCGCAUACGGCGGCGAGGGCCUCUACUAUUUCCUCGAGCAGUUCGUGUGGCUAUCCAAGGCCGGUCUCAUACCCUCCGAGUACUCCCGGCGGCUCCAAAAGAUCAGCGCUUGGGCGGAGCUUAUCGGCUACUUUGGCAGCGUCUCCCUAAAGGCACGAGAAGUACGAAAGAUCCAGUCUUCGAUCCAAUCGAGGAUCGACGGCGCUAAACCUGGAGAGGGCGACGAGGAACUAAGGAAACUGAGAACGAAGCUACUGCUGAAGCAGCUCUCCAUCGUUCAAGACCUCGCUGACGGACUGAUGGCUCUCGGCGACGUCAGGGACGGAAAGGGCUUCCUCCUCUCAAACACUCUACUGAUGGCUUCGGCAGGGCUCUUUUCAGCACUCAUCAGCACUCACAAGAACUGGACUUCUUGCUAAGGUAGUCCCUCCUCU